AUGUUUAAACUGAAACAACUUACUUAUAGAGAUAUGGACAUCCAUGGAAUGGGAAGUCUCCAAAUGAGGGAUUUUGUUGCCAAUGUGUCGAAUGGAAUUGAUACCUACAGUAUCAGAGAACCUCCUUGGGUUUGUGCAGGAAUAUUUCCUUCCAAUUUUCUUGAGAUGACUUCCUUAUUGAUGUUUCCUAUGACAGUUACAUGUAAAAAUGCUUCCAUCUUAAAGCCAUCAGAACCGUGGGAUCCAGGACCUUUUAUGAUACUCUCUAUAGCGGCUAUGAAACUUGUUUGGCCUAGUAGUUUCGUUGACAUCAUGCAUGGUUCCUACCGUACUAUUAAUAAUUGUAUUGAUGGUGACAACGAGGUUAUAUCAAUUGUUGAUUCAAUUAUUACAACGAGCACUCAUAUUUAUAUAAGGACAAAAGUUAAGGAGAAAUGUGUUCAUCCAGACAGAGGAGUCAAAAAUCAUGCAAUUGUCAUUCCAUAUGCAAGCAUGGGCAUUACAAUGAAUUCCUUCGCUGGAUUUGGAGCUUGUAGUAAGAACGUCGACGAACCGCUACGCGACUUAUUUGGAUUAAUAGUUCCUUUGGACGGGUCACGCCUAUCAAGAUAA